AUGUUUCCACCUGGAUGGAUCCUUUAUGUUCUUUUACUGACUCCUACUCUGACGCUCUGCAUUUUGGACAUUUCCAGAAACGACAGAGCAGUUACAUGCUCUCAGGAUCUCGUGGACUGCUCUUUGACAAAUGGGACUUUUUUGGAUUCAAACUCGGUGGACGUCACUGACCUGAGUGCCCGUGUGAAGCUGUGCUGCGAAGGAGACACGUGUGCUUACUGUCUGCAGCUCGAUCUUAAAGUCAGAGUGAACAAAAUCAGUGACGAAGAGGGCAGCUCUGGUCUGAAGCAGGACGACUCUGACGAAACCAAAGACAAUGAAGAUGAAAUGUGUUCUGUGACAGUGUGUUACAAAACACAAGAAACAUUCCCCAUAUGUAAAAUGGUGCAGUUUGCUGUAAACCAAAGCAGGUCUUUUCAGCAGAGCAUUGCACAGAUUUCUAUGACAGUCUUCAAUGCUAAAUUUACCCAUGAAAACAUUCUUUUGAUUGAGUCACCUGAAGCGCCAAACAUACGCAGUAAAAUUGAUGUUCCUUUGCUUGCACAAGUGUGUAGAUCCAACAUAAGCCAUUAUGUAAAGGAGUGCAAAGUUCCCAAAUUAAGCUUUUUGAUCAACAAGAAGCAAAACUAUGUGGAGCUGAGUUUUCGUGACAAUGACACCAGUACUAACCAAGUGUGCAUCCAGAAUGAAACAGAAGGCGACUGCAAGUUGUGGGAUAACAAACCUCUGCCUCUGGAUUCCAUGGCGCCUUGUACGUGCUUCCAGGCGUGGAAACACACGGACCCACAGCUGCGCUCCAUAACCUGCCCAUUCGAAAACAACCUGACAAUUAACCAUGGUCCAAAUAUUUUGAAGAACUUCACGCUGACUGUGGAAAAUAACAUUUACAAGUCUAUCACGAGACUGCGGUGGAAGAUGGCUGCCCCCUGCUGGCUGGAAGGAGAAGUGUGGCCCUGCAAGAGGACUAGAGGUCACCACGUCUGCACUGAAAUAGAGACUUUUAGGCAACAAAUAGGCAAAGACCAAUGGGAGAAAAGUAGCACGGGUCUUUGGGAGAAAACAGACGUUUUUUCUAACAUAACUCUAAAAAAUCACCCUUGUGUUAUGUUAAAGAUCAAAGGAGUUAAGGAAGAAAUGGGGCCAUAUUGUUAUAACAGCAUCCAUCGAUGGCGCUGGAGUGUCUUUGGUGUGGCUAUGAUGCUGCUCUUCACUGUAGCUCUCCUGAUCACCUUUUGCCUUAGGGACUUUAUCAAAAAGUCAGUGUGGAGCUGGCGUCAUGGGGGAUUUGUCAAAAUUCACAAAGCUCGAGUGCUGGUGCUGAGUCCUCCAGACAGCGAUGGAGAUGUCUCAUCUGCAGUCUGCAGCCUGGGCUCUCUGCUCUGCUCCAGAGGUUUCUGUGUGACUGUGGAUCAGUGGAGCCGUAGAGGGCAGCUCAGCUCAGGACCUCUGCCCUGGACCCACUGUCAGCUGUUCAGUGUGGACAGCAGCUGUGAGCGUGUGGUGCUGGUGCUCACUCCUAAAGCUGUGAACAAGGCUCUUGGGUGGAGUGCUGUGGACAGUCCAGACCUGCAUGAUGAAUCUCCUUACUCAGAUGUCUUCAGAGCGUCUCUGUUUGCCAUUCAGGCCUUCAAGAACCAGGACAAGCAGGGUGCAGUAAUAGAUGCCUUCAUGUUUGGUGAGCAGAUGGUUGAGAGGGGCGUGUGGAGGCUUGUGUGGGUCCUUCUACACGCUGCUUGGCUGGGCUGCGUGCUGACCACUGAGACACGCACCUGUCCCCCGUCCUGCAGCAAAUGUUCCACUUCAGACCAGUGCGAUGAGUGUGGGAGAGGAUGGCUUCUCCAUAAUGGCACAUGUGUAGACAUUGACGAGUGUGGCACCAAGUUGGGUGUGUGUUCCUCAGACAGCUACUGCCUCAAUAAGGCUGGAUCUUAUGAGUGCAGAGACUGUGAUGCGGCGUGUGUGGGCUGUAUGGGCGGUGGACCAGCCCGGUGCAGGAAAUGUGCCUCCGGAUAUAGACUAACAGGGACCAGGUGCUUGGACAAAGAUGAAUGCAGUGAGUUGGUUCUGGCCUGUCCUGGUUUGGAUGAGAUCUGCGUCAACACUAAAGGCACGUUUCGUUGUGACUGUGCAAAGGGGUUCAUCCGCAAAGACCACGCAUGUGUGAAAAAGCAACUGCCAGGUGACCUUGACAAAGGGUUGUUUGAGGACAUCCAGGACGAUGAGGUGGUGGUCCUGCAGCAGAUGUUCAUGGGGGUCCUGCUGUGUGCUCUCGGGACAAUGGCGGCCAAAGGAGACCUGGUAUACACCUCCAUUUUGAUCGGGGCAAUAGCAGCAAUGGCGGGGUAUUGGCUUUCGGACAGAAGUGAUCGCAUUCUGGACAGCUUUAUAAAAGGACGUUAA